AAUGAAAUGUGAUUGUUAGCUUGCUGUUGUCAACGAAGCAGACGACAAUUUUACGUAAUCUUAACGUUGGAAACAGUUAAGCAAGUGCAGAUAAGAUAGAAAACUGUAAAAAUCGAGUCCAACAGCUCCUGAGCUCAUAGUCGGCAAGCUUAAAGAAUCAAACAAUGGACCUGGCGAAACUCGCUGUCAAUCUGGUAACCAAAUGGCCAACUAAACAGCAAGUGACGCUUGGAUCCUUCUGGCAAGAGCAAACAAGUGUUAUUUUUUUCAUGCGACGGUUUGGAUGAAUGUUCUGUCGGCUGGCAGCGCAGGAGUUGAGUUUACUCAGUCCUCGCCUCAGCCAAGAGAAUGUUCGUCUAGUUGGGAUAGGACUGGAAGAAUUGGGGGUGGAAGAAUUUGUAGAAAAGAAGUUUUGGGCUGGAGAAUUGUACAUAGAUGAAAAAAAAAAGUCUUUUAAUGACUUGGGAUACAAACGUUUUUCCAUUUGGAGCUUACCCGGUCUUUUGUUGAGUCGAAUUGCUCGCAGCCAAGCAGCCAAGGGUAAGGAGAGAGGAGUAGGAGGAGAUCUACGCGGAGAUGGUUACCAAAAUGGAGGUUUAUUAGUCGUGGGCAAGGGAGGCAAAGUACUUUAUUCUUUCGUUCAAGAGAAUCCUGCCGAUCACGCCGCCAACGAAGACAUCCUCAAGGCCUUGAAUUUGAGCGUGGCUGGUGGUGAACAAGCGGCUUCUUCUCCGUCUGCUGCGAACUGCGCUGACGGAGAUGUUUGCAGCGUGAAACCAAAAUCACCGGCUUCUGAAUAGAAUGACCCACAUUUAAACCGAAACAAAAAGUCUAUUCAACUUUAUUUUCUUCAUUUGUAAUACCGCGGCUGUUGGGUAAUAAUCGUCGAGCCUUGACCCGAAGUUUUUUUUCCUAUCUUCUGUCUACCCAAUUUAUUCUCGUUUUGAUUUCGAUUCGGACAGCAUUUGUCGUCGGUAUUGUGUGUGUUUUGUCUGGCCGAAUCGAGGGGUUUAUUUUAAUCGUCUCAAUUGAGAGUUUAGAUGAGGGGCGCCAAGCGAAAAGCACCGAGUUGUUCUUUAUUCAAGUGAUUCGUGAUGGUCUUAAUGACACCUCCUCAUUCAUUUAUGAUGUCUGAAAAAGUGCUUUGCACUGGACGGGAGGUUGAAAUGUAGAGUCGACGUGUUUUGUGUGCGAUUGCGUGAACAAAACUAGUUGAUAUUCUGACCUGAAACGUUUGCCCAAAUAUUGCGCCCGAGUUUUUGUUUGCGUGUCCAACUGUUUUUCGUUUUUCCUAAUAAAUGAAAUUGUCUAUACCAAA